CCCUGGCUGUCAUCCGGGUCCAGCUCCUGGUUCCUGGAGCAUCCUGCCCUCCCCGCCAGGAAGUCUGGGCCGCCAGGAGUCAUGGGGUCGAUUCCCAGAAUCCCAGGGUCCGGGAGGCCAGGGCAGGGCCAGGAGUUGGACAAACAGCUCAAAGGUGAGCCAGCGUGGGGCUCUGGACUAGGCCUGGCCAGCCGGACGGGGCACCAUGAGGCUGCUGAUCUUCCUGGGGCUGCUGUGGGGCUCAGCGGCCGGCGCCCCGGGCCUGCAGUGGCCCAAGCCCGUGUUCGGGCGCCUGGCAUCCCCCGGCUUCCCCGGGGAGUACGCCAACAACCAGGAGCGGCACUGGACGCUGACCGCACCCCCCGGCUACCGCCUGCGCCUCUACUUCACCCACUUCCACCUGGAGCUCUCCUACCUCUGCGAGUACGACUUUGUCAAGCUGAGCUCAGGAACCAAGGUGCUGGCCACACUGUGCGGCUGGGAGAGCACAGACACGGAGCUGGCGCCCGGCAACGACACCUUCUACUCGCCGGGCUCCAGCCUGGACGUCACCUUCCACUCCGACUACUCCAACGAGAAGCCGUUCACAGGCUUUGAGGCCUUCUACGCAGCAGAGGACAUCGACGAGUGCCAGGUGCCCCCAGGAGAGGCGCCCCCCUGCGACCACCACUGCCACAACCACCUGGGUGGCUUCUACUGCUCCUGCCGAGUGGGCUACGUGCUCCACCAGAACAAGCGCACCUGCUCAGCCCUCUGCUUGGGCCAGGUCUUCACCGACCGGUCUGGGGUGAUCAGCAGCCCUGAAUACCCACAGCCGUACCCCAAACUCUCCAGUUGCACCUACAGCAUCCACCUGGAGGAGGGGUUCAGUAUCAUCCUCAACUUCGUGGAGUCCUUCAACGUGGAGAUGCACCCCGAAAUCCAGUGCCCCUACGACUCCCUCAAGAUUCAGACAGACAAAGCGGAGUACGGCCCAUUUUGUGGGGACACAUUGCCUGGCAGGAUUGAAACGAAGAGCAACAUCGUGACCAUCACCUUUGUUACCGACCAGUCGGGGGACCACGCAGGCUGGAAGAUCCACUACAGCAGCACAGCUCGGCCUUGCCCUGAUCCGACGGCACCACCUAAUGGCCACAUCACACCUGUGCAAGCCACAUACAUCCUGAAAGACAGCUUCUCCGUCUUCUGCAAGACUGGCUACGAGCUUCUCCAAGGGGGUUAUUUGCCCCUGAAAUCAUUUGCUGCAGUCUGUCAGAAAGAUGGAUCUUGGGACCAACCGAUGCCGGAGUGCAGCGUUGUUGACUGUGGCCCUCCCGAUCAUCUCCCCAGUGGCCGCGUGGAGCACCUCACAGGUCCUGAAGCGACCACAUACAAAGCUGAGAUUCAAUACCACUGCAAUGAAACCUUCUACACAAUGACAACAAAUGAUGGUAAGCAUACUCUUCAAAGCUGGGGAUGCGGGAUAUCUGGGACCUAAGUCCUCAUGAUCUGAAAAUAAAACACUAACCCACAGUUUUGGCUAAGGCUAGACAAAAGAUUAA